CGAUUCUGGUCUGUUUUCCUUACGAUUGGGCUUAAAAAGCAGUCGCAGCGAAUCGCCGCAGGUCUCUGAAAAAUAAAUCGCCCUUAGUUCGGUGCUAAUUUUGCGAAAAGCCACCUUGUUUAUGCGAAUAAAAGACCUUCCUGGUUGAAAAGUGCCGGAUCGAAAGUUGAAAUCGUUUUUGUGCGACGAUAUCCAGCCUGCUGCGGUGCCAGUUGCGUAGAAAGUUUUCCUCCGAACGCAGAACUGACAGAAACUGUCAGAAAUAUGUGUGACUGUGAAACUCCGAGAACCCCUGGUCUGAGCCCCAGUCCCUUAGUAGUUCUUCCGUAGCUUGUGAUCGCCUCCGCCCUCUGAAAAAAAACACGAAAGUCACUAUGAGCCUGUGGAGCAAUCUUCGCCACUUGGAAAGCCGGAAUCUGUACCUGGCUGUGAGCCAGCGCGAGCACCAGCUGGUGGCCGGCCACCUGCCCUCGGCCAUCUUCAGGCAGCGCCUGAGCACGGCGGAAAACCUCUACCAGCGCAACCUCACCGGGCACUACGGGUGCGUCAACGCCCUGGAGUUCAGCGAGGGAGGCCAGUUUCUGGCUUCGGGGGGCGACGACAAGCGCGUUCUCCUGUGGAACAUCGACCAGGAGGUGGUUUCCGAGCUGGGUAACCCGCGUUCCAUGAACGAAAAGCAUGCCAGCAAUAUUUUCUGCCUGGGAUUCGAUACUCACAACUCCUACAUCUUCUCUGGAGGGAACGACGACUUGGUGAUCCAGCACGACCUGUCCACGGGAAAGAUUUUGAACUUUUUCUCUCAUGAUGGUCCUGUCUACGGCCUCAGUGUGGACAGGACUAGCUCGAACCUCUUCAGCGUCGCUACGGAGCACGGAGAGAUCCUGGUGUACGACCUAAGAGCUGGUAAAUCCGAUCCUCUGACGGUUGCCAAGUUCAGAUCGCCUUUCAACGCUGUGGAGUUCCAUCCGCUUAACGGCAACUUCCUAGCCACCGCGAACGCCAAGAGGGGAGCCAUGUUAUGGGACCUGAGGCACCACCAGCAAGCCCUCUGCCAGUUCAACUACAUCCCGGAGUCGCCUAGCUGCAUGAGCGUGCGCUUCAACUGCAAUGGAACCCUGCUCCUGACCCUGCACAGAAGACUACCCCCCAUUAUUUACAGCCCUGGGUCCCCAGAGCCGGUGGCCACCUUCUACCACGACGAGUACUUCAACUCCUGCACCAUGAAGAGCUGCACCUUUGCCGGGCCCCAGGAUGAGUUAGUGGUCUCCGGAUCCGAUAAUUUCAAUAUGUUUGUUUGGCGCCUGGACGGAGUGGAGGUGAACGAGAGAAACCAGUGGGUGGACACGCCCCCAAUAAUUCUGGCCGGACACCGAUCCAUCGUGAACCAGGUGCGAUACAAUCGGCAGCGGUGCUUGCUGGCUUCAUCCGGAGUGGAGAAGAUUAUCAAGCUCUGGAGCCCGUUUGCGCAGGGCGGAUGGGAGGGCUCCCUGGCCCAAGGCGACACCGUAUCCUACUGCACCCGUUCCUUGCACCGGAACUCUUCAGACCACGUCUCGCAGGACUUCAGUGCUCGAAACACGGAGGAGGACCAGGUGAUGCUGGCCUUCUUUGAUACUUUGGUGCAACGCGAGCUAGAGUCUUGGAGCACGAUGGACAACCAAAGCUCCGCUACUUCCGCUACUAGCAGCAGCACCACCACCGACGACACCUCCACGGAACAAACUGAGGCCGUCAGCUCAGCUACUGAGGACAACCAGGAGCAGUUACCCCAAGACGAUCAGGAGCCCGACCUUCUUCCGGAACAGAACUGGCAGGGCAAUGGGCGGGACAGUCCGAAUGUCAGCGAAAUGAGUUGGCAGACCUAUCCAAAUCGCAUUUUCUACCUAAUCGCCAAGAAGCGGAAAGCCCUGCUCCAACUGGCGGUCAGCAGCACCACCGGACAACCGCGGCGGAUGGAUCAGCUGCUCCAGCGACUGCUCGGCGAGCACAAGCAGGCGGCCACGCAGGCGAGGAUUAGCGACUGGCUGGAGGAGACCCACCGACUCUUUGGGGACGACGAGUUGCCCACCACGUCGGCAGAGGCGGCCGCCCGGCAGGAGAGGCGACGUCUUGGCGAUCGGAGAAGUCCCGUUCCAAAGUCAGCAGAUCCUUUGGAGCAUAAUGGACGCAAGCGAAAGAUGAGGAAUCGGAGUUUCGAGGCCACAAAACAGAGGCACACCACUUUCAGACCAAACCCCAGCGUUUCGGAAAACGAGGACCAGACGGAGCAGGAUGAAUCCGAGGAGGAGGAGCCGGAUGAAAACAGCAUCCACGCUGAUGACACCUCCAGCACCGCUUCCAUGACAUCAAUGGAGGCGCAACUAUCCCAGGCGCCCAGCACUUCCAGCUCGUAUCCCUUCCCGCUCGGAACGGAGCCAGAGGCCAAUAACAACAGCCAACUGACUUCCAACCAGAACCACAAGACCGUCAAUGGCUUGAUUCCGGAUGUCUGCAACACGGAGUCCACCGCAUCUACAUCUUCGUCCAUGUAGGUCCAUUUGUCCACCGGGCACUGCAUACAUAUACUAGCAAUUAAAUAUUAGUCCUAAAUCGGGAGCUAUUUCGAACCGAAAUAGCAGAUCCCUCUCAAAUUGUCAAAUCCCUUCAAGAGCGAUGCUUUGUAAAGAUUUUUGAUAAAUACAGAAACCAUUGUGUGUGAUUUGGAAAAUGCAUUUACAGAAAGAUGUGGAAGCUCCUGAUUCAGAAGGUCCUGAAUCGAACGUAAUUUUAAUAUUUAUUUUGGAAGAAGAUUAGUCUUCUCGUCAACCUACUUUUC